AUGGUUUUUAAUUUUAGAGUGUUUAAAAAGCAAUCCCCAAAUGGGAAACUUACUAUGUACUUGGGGAAGAGGGAUUUUGUGGAUCAUAUUUCGGGUGUUGAGCCAAUAGAUGGAGUGGUGGUGGUAGAUAAUGAAUAUAAAGACAGAAAAAUCUUUGGUCAAGUAAUUUGCAGUUUUAGAUAUGGUCGAGAAGCUGACGAAGUCAUGGGUUUAAACUUUCAAAAGGAUCUUUUUCUUGCAUCAGAACAAAUUUAUCCACCUCCUGAAAAAUCGCUGAACACAAAAAUGCAGGACCGUCUGUUGAAUAAGUUGGGAGAAAACUGUUAUCCAUUUACUUUUACUUUACCGCCUAGCGCACCUGCUUCUGUAACAUUACAACCAGGUAAAAACAUAAUAGGUACUGAAGAUGAAGGGCAACCAUGUGGAGUGCAUUAUUAUGUUAAGAUUUUUGUGGGUGAAAAUGAAACGGAUAGAACUCACAAAAGAGGUACAGUUACCAUGGCUAUCAGAAAAAUUCAGUAUGCCCCGUCAAAACAAGGCAGACAACCAUGUACUGUGGUACGAAAAGAUUUUAUGAUGAGUCCUGGAGAACUUGAACUGGAAGUUACAUUGGACAAACAGUUGUAUCACCAUGGUGAUAAGAUUGCUGUGAAUAUAUGUAUUCGAAAUAACAGCAAUAAGGUGGUUAAGAAGAUAAAAGCAAUGGUUCAGCAGGGGGUUGAUGUUGUGUUAUUCCAGAAUGGACAAUAUAGAACAUCCGUAGCAAGUAUUGAAACACAAGAAGGGUGCCCCAUUCAACCUGGUUCCAGCUUACAGAAAGUGGUGUAUCUUCUUCCCUUACUUUCUUCAAAUAAAGAUCGAAGAGGUAUUGCUUUAGAUGGACAACUCAAAAAACAAGACAGUAAUUUGGCUUCGACAACUUUGUUAGCAUCACCUGAUCAGCGAGAUGCAUUCGGUAUUAUCGUAUCUUAUGCAGUAAAAAUAAAAUUAUACCUUGGUGCACUAGGUGGAGAACUUGCUGCUGAACUACCAUUUGUUUUGAUGCAUCCUAAACCGAGUGCUAAGGGAAAGGUUAUCCAUGCGGACAGUCAAGCGGAAGUUGAAACUUUUAAACAUGACACCAUUGAUCAGGAUGCAGAUGAUGAUAAAUGUGAUUAA